GACGGCAAAUUAACCUGCCAGUGCGAAACGUUUGUAAUCCUAAAAAUGCGCAGUCAAACUAUUGUUUUUCUCCUAUUGUCCUCCGACGAACUUAGAGUCAUUCAGUAAAAACGCGUGAGCCCCCUAAAUGUUUUUACGUGUUGAUUAAUGGGCUUCUGGUUGAUUUUGAGAGUUAUGUGUCCAUGACAACGUUAAAGUCGGUUCUGUUUUUUCUUCUUCUUGCGUCUCUGAAAUGAAUUCCUAUCACGUCUUGGGGCUGGCUGGAGAGGGUUCGUUCGGGCGAGUUUACAAGGGAAGAAAAAAGGGCAGCGGCCAGGUGGUUGCUCUUAAGUUCAUGCCAAAAGUGGGCCGAACCGACAGAGAGCUACGAAGCCUCAAGAGGGAAAUCGAAAUUAUGAGGGAUCUAAAACAUCCAAAUAUUGUCCAGCUCUAUGACAGUUUUGAAACCGACACUGAGGUUGUGGUUGUAACCGAGUAUGCAGAGGGUCAGCUCUUUCAGGUGUUGGAAGAUGAUGGACAUUUGCCAGAAUGCCUGGUCCAUGAGAUCGCUUGCCAGCUGGUCUCAGCUCUGUAUUAUUUACACUCCCAUCGUAUUCUUCAUCGCGACAUGAAACCCCAAAAUAUUCUGCUGGGAAAAAGUGGAGUGGUGAAACUGUGUGACUUUGGUUUUGCCAGAGCCAUGAGCGUUUCCACGCUGGUCCUGACAUCUAUCAAAGGAACGCCGCUGUACAUGUCUCCUGAGCUGGUGGAGGAGAAGCCGUAUGACCACACUGCAGAUCUGUGGUCUUUGGGCUGCAUUCUCUAUGAACUCCACACAGGGGCGCCACCCUUCUAUACUAACUCUAUCUUCAACCUGGUGCAGCAGAUUGUGAGGGACCCAAUCAGAUGGCCGGACACAAUGAGUGAUAACUGCAUGAGCUUUCUGAAAGGUUUACUGACCAAAAACCCAGAAAAAAGGUUGUCAUGGCCAGAUCUCCUGCAUCAUCCCUUUGUUGCUGAUGGAGUCUUAGCAGUGCUGUCGGACACAAACGUGUUCAACCCUUUGACUGUCAGUCCCAGCCCAGAUGUCAUCGCUCUGAAACAGAAGCAAGUGGCAGAAAGGUCCGCUACAGGAUCUGGAGAGAGCAGAUUAGUCCGAAGGGUCAGGGAGCAGAUGGAGAUCAAGGGGAAGCCCACAGGCAAUGACAACACAAAAAAUAAAAAGGAGGAGAAUAGGAAAACCAACACGACUACAACCUUUCCUAAGGACAUCUCUGCACCUCAAGAUGCUUCACCCCAGUGCACCAAAUCUAAACAGAGAGGUCAGAUCAGCAGAGACUACGAACAGGAGUUCCCCUCUGUGGAGGUAGGGCCAUGUCUGCUGCAAAGAAACAGUGAAACCCGUCAAAGCUCUCUGCACCGACUGCAUGUUGACAGUACGGAUUUCUGGGAGACUCUGAUCAAACGAUCAGAUCCAAGCAGACAGCAGAGAGAGUCAUUAAACUACAAUGAAAUUAUACCUCAAAUUAAAUCAAAAAUCGAUGCAUUUAAAGCUCAGUUAACAACUGGUGCAGUCAAAGAAGUGCCACAGAUUCAACAAGCACUGAAGGUCCUGCGUAAUCUGAUACAGAUGCCUGACCUGGAGAAGUCCUACCACAUCAGCAGUGAACUUCAACUACCACACCUCCUCUUUGACCUGAUUAACAAUUGUGUAGAAAACUCAGAUUUCAUCAAGCAACAGUCAAGUGUGCCAAUCAUUGGAGAAUUCAUGGCAUUCCUUUUGAUCUACUGGGAUAAGCACGGGGACUGGAUUGAGGAAGAAGAAUCAAGACUGGAAGAGUUCAUCAAGACUUUCUGCAACAUACUUGGUCAUUCAGAUCUUCUUGCUCUGGCACCUCUGGCUGCUUCUGUUUUGUCUCUUUUCACCCAACGUGCUGAUGUUCCUGUUGAUGUGAAAACUUUGACCUCCUCACUGAGAACUCUUCUCUCUAAGACAUUUAAGCCCCACAUUUCUCUUCCUUGUGGUUGGGGUCUGUGUGAUGGCCUCCUCUGUUUGCUCCUGCACACACUUUUCAAACAUGAAAAAGCCUCCACGUCUCUUUUCUUAAGUUCCGACAUGUUUGUGGAUCUAUGGAAAACCAUUGGAAACUCUCUAGGAAGUGGAAGAGCAAAUAUCAAUUUCUGUUCAGCAAAUGGGUUUCAUUACUUUUUGUCUCUUGCUCUGUGUCUCUUCACCUUGGAUCCAUACUGCUGCGUUCCUCUGUUUAUCCAGAACGAAUCAAAAUGCGUACACACGCUUGGCCGUCUGCUGGGUCCUGACAGUUUAGAUCUGUUUACCAAAGACCCCCCUGGGAGAACUGAGGAGGAGCUCAGCUGCAACAGCCUAACCACACUUAGCUGCCAUUUACUGUGUUUUCCAUUUGCCCUGGACCUCCCCCCGCUCACCAUGUCCUCAGUUCUGCAGGUGUAUGACAGCUGUGGGAUCCAUUCAAGCCUUCUGCAGGUGGUUAAAACUCUUCCGCUAACAUUCCUGGAGCUGCCGCUGUCCCUGCUGGGCCGUUUGCUCAUUUGUGAUCCCGAGCGCUUCCUUCCUCACCUCAGAGACUCAGCUUCUGGCCUUUUUUCACCCCCCCAGGAGAUCCAGUCCACUUCCUGCAGACUACAGACUACUCUAACCAGAACUCCCACCUCUCUCCUCUCUGAGUUUCUGCAGCUGGAUGAACUGUGGGAUUCUGCCGUGGAGCUCCUCACGGUUUUAUCGCAAAUCGCCCGUUUUUCCCCUCGACUUUCUGGCCCUCAGCUACAUGUGGAAGUCUCUGUGCUGCAGCAGGGGUUGACUCACCCGUAUGAUCAAAUCAGGGUUGCCACAUGCAGAUUUCUAGGACAUUUAGAUCCAUUCAUCGCACCUGUUACAGAUAUGCCACCACCCGAUGUUUUCAAAGUCAUGAUAGACGGUCUCCGUGAUUCCUACAUGCCCGUCAGGCGAAUGGCUUGCAGGGCAGUUGGGAACUGGCUGGGUUACAUCGCAGAAAGAACAGCGUUGAAAACCUGCAAAUCUAUUGCAAUUGACACCAAAGGGAGGGGCAUAAAUAAGGAGCAAAGUAAUCUGUGUUAUGAUGCAUUGGGGGGUGAUGCAAUGAUGACUGAUGAGAGGAGUGAAGACGUGGAGAGGAGGUGGACAGAGGAAGCAAAGAGGUCAGUGGCCUUGCUGGCUGGUCUGCUCAGCGACUCUGAUGCCGUAACGCGCCGUCACUGUUGUGUGACUCUGGGAAACCUGGUUAAAACUGAAUGGGCAGUAUCCUUGCUGGUGGAGGAGGACGUUCCUGCUUUACUCCUGAGAGCCGCGUGUACAGAUUCCCAUUAUGCAGUGAAACAAGCCGCCAUUUCUACCCUGAGCUUGUACAGGCAGCAGGACACCAUUCAGCAGGUCCUGGCGUCCCUCGAUGCGAGUAAGAAACUUUUCCAGGCUUCACGCGACGCCUCUCUUCACUCUGACUGCAAAGCAGGCGUAGCACCAGCUCUCCAAAAACGGUGAUUCGAUUUACAUCUUCUGCUUCCGUGUGAUAAAGAAUUCAUACAAGAUUGUUCAUCCUAUUAAGUUUUGGUUUCACGAUAAAUUCAAGUUUUAUCUGCUUAAUCUCAGUGUAUCCGUUUUGUUUUCUUGUUUUUUAUUUUAUUUUACAAGGCAAAAUGUUUUAACUGUACUUCCAAUUAAAUUGAAUAUUUUAAUUUAAUUUAAAUAAUAAAGAAUUCUUGUGUUUUCAACGUAA